UCGCAUCUAUUGUGAAUGGAUUUGGUUAUUUCUCAGCUGAUAACGUUAACAUUUGUUGUUUGUUGACUAAUUGUAAAAUUAUAAAUGGGCAGGACUUCAAAGGACAAACGAGACAUUUUCUACCGACUGGCCAAGGAGCAGGGCUGGCGGGCUCGGAGUGCCUUCAAGCUGCUCCAGGCGGAGGAGACGUUCCACUUGUUGGGAGGUCUCACCCGUGCAGUAGACUUGUGUGCCGCUCCCGGUAGCUGGUCCCAGGUGCUGGCCAAGCGCAUGUACGAGCCACUGCCGCCGGAGGAGCGAGAUAAAGUGAAAAUCAUCGCAGUUGACCUGCAAGGAAUGGCUCCUAUAGAAGGAGUCACACAGCUUCGGGCGGACAUCAGUAAGGAGUCGACGGCGGAGGCUAUUAUCAAGUUCUUCGGCGGCGAGAAGGCACAGAUUGUGGUCAGCGAUGGAGCACCCGAUUCCACGGGCAUGCACGACUUUGACGCCUACGUUCAGGGCGAGCUGCUCCUUUCCGCCCUGAGCAUAUCCACCUUUAUCCUGGAGACGGGCGGUUCUUUUGUGUCUAAGAUUUACCGUGCGGACAGGACCAGCCGGCUGUACACCCAGCUCAAGCGCUUCUUUAAGGACGUGUGCGUGUUUAAACCAUCAGCUUCGCGGAACUCCAGCAUUGAAGCAUUUGUAGUGGCUCGCCAGUUUUGUCUGCCCGAGGGACACAAGCCCUGCAACCUAAUCACCGAAUGGCACGAUCAUCCCGAAUCGUGGGUGUGCAGGAAAAAAGAGAACCCACCCGUUGUGCACGUUCCCUUUGUCGCCUACAAGGGUGAUCUGGACUCGGAUCGCACAUACGACCUGGGCGAGGACUAUGUUUACAAGGAGCCUGUACAACAACCUUUGACUGCCGCUUAUCAGGAUAUCCUAAAGAAAACCAGCCAAAUCAACAUAAAAUAUGAAGGCAUAAGAGUUAUGCACGACGAGGAACUGUUUGAGGAAUGGUUCAAAGCAGGUGUAGAUCAGAAUUCUUCUCAUGACGCUAAUUAAGGGACUGGCAAUCGAGAAUAAGAGCCUUAAAUUAUCAAGAAAUUGCGAGACAGGAACACAGUUAAAUUUUAUCUUUGCUGUAUAUUUAAAUAACAAAAACAACUAAACUAAUAACUAAAGGUAAUUUAACUAACAGAAAA